AUGGAGGAAAAUGGUGACGGAAUAACAUGUAUACGAGCAGUGGAACCUUAUUUUAAAUUUUCAAUCCUUAGCUAUAGAUUAGCAUUGUUAUUUGUGCCACCAACAAUUGUUUCAGCAUCGUUUGAACAGUUUGAAGGUGGUGUUGUUCCACGUGAGAAAUCUAAAUGGAACAAAAUAAUGGAUGGUUUUAAUUCAUUGGGGAAUUUCCCCAACUGCAUCGGGGCAAUUGAUGGUAAACACAUCGUUAUGGAAUGUCCAGCAAAUUCCGGGUCCAACUAUUUCAACUAUAAAGGGACGUUCAGUAUUGUAUUAUUGGCUCUGGUUGAUCAUAAUUAUAACUUCACUUGCAUAGAUAUUGGUAGUUGUGGAAGCAAUUCUGAUGGUGGUAUAUUUGCCAAAUCUACUUUAAAAAAGGCAAUAGAAGAACACAUGUUGGAUACACCAACAGAUUYUGUGAUUUUGGGAGACGAUGCUUUUCCGUUACUACCAUAUUUAAUGAAACCUUAUGCCAGACGCAACCAUUUAACAGAACGAGAAAAGGUUUAUAAUUAUAGGCAUUGCCGUGUAUUUUAUUAG